AAAAUGGCCGAUGUAGAAGAACCUGGUGUUCCAGGCGUUGAAAACCACCAAGAAACACCACCCGUAAAGGACCCACCCAUCGAAGGAGGCGAUCAGCAGCACGAUGAAGUAGGAGCGCCACAGUGGGACUAUCCUGAUAGAGGUUAUGCACCGCGCGGAUAACCCCAAAUUCGGGGGCCACCGAGAGGCCGUGGCGGCUAUCGGGGCCCUCCACCGAGAGGGGGGCCGCCGAGAGGGCCACCACCUCCAUUUGGUAGUAGGGGACCGCCUCCGAGGUUUAGAGGACCUCCUGGACCUCCUCCAGGAAUGCGAGGGCCCCGGGGUCCUCCUAUGAGAGGUCACCCACCUCAUAUGAUGAGAGGACCUCCACCCCCAGGUUAUCGAGGGUCAAUACCGUAUGAUGGAAGUUACAUGGGCCCUCCAGGCAUGUCUCCACAUGGAAUGGGACCGCCAGGCAUGAGACCACCGCACAUGGGCCCGCCACCGAUGAACAUGGGCCAGCCCCCUCCCGGCUACAGCUCGGGGUCAGCGCAGCCGUCCAGCGCGCCGGCAACCAACGCCCUCGCUGGCGUCGACCUCACGAAUCUGUGGGUGGAGACGAAGAGCGGCGAGGGGAAGCCCUACUAUUACAACGCGAAGACGCGCGAGGUGGCGUGGGCGAAGCCUGAGAAUGUCAAGGUGAUCACGCAGAGCGAGCUGGAGUCGCUCGUGCAGCAGGCGGCGGCGGCCGCUGCUGUAGCCGCGGCCGUGGCGGUGACGUCCACCGUCGCACCGGGAACAUCCACGGCCGCCCAGGCUGCUGUCGCACAGGCCCAGAUGUCGAUGCAGCAGAAGCAGGGUGGUCCAGCGCAGGAUUGGGAGGAGGAACACAGUGAAGCUCCUAGUCAGAGCCAGCCAGAUUCCGCGCAGCCACAGCAGCAGCACCAGACGCCCAUGCCAGGUCAAGCGCAUGGUCAAGGGCAAGGCCCGGGCCAGGGCCAGGGCCAGGGUCAGGGCCAAGGCCAAGGCCAAGGCCCAGGGCAACAACCUGGCAUAGGUAUGCCUCCAGGAUACCCACCCCACUUCUCUUCUGGCAUGCCACCUGGAAUGUACCCGCCUGGCAUGGGACCGCCCCCAAACAUAAUGGGACCACCAGGCAUGCCCCCUCCAGGAAUGUUCCCUCCUGGUUAUCCCCCGCCGGGAAUGUAUCCGCACGGAGGCCCCGGAGGACAGCACCCGCAGAACGGAGAGACCCGUGAAGAGCCGCAGGAGGGAAGUAGCGAGCAGUCGAAUGACGUGGUAGCCAAGCUAGAGGAGGAGUGCAAGAGCUGGUCCGAACACAAGAACACGGACGGCCGGCUCUACUACUACAACUCGUCGACGAUGGAGUCGACGUGGGAGAAACCACCGGCCAUGAAGAACCUGGAGGCGGCACGGCUUGCAGCCCAGCAGCCCGAGAUGCAGGCGGAAAUCCAGGCUGCGCCGCAGAUACGGCAAGACCAGCCGAUGGAGGACAGGCAGGCGAUGGAGCAGGGCGCGCAGGUGCCAAAGGAGGAGGCAGUCGAGAUCAAGAGUGAGGAAGUGGAGAAGGAAGAGGAAAAGGAAGAAGAGAUGACAGAAGAGCAGAAAGCAGCCGAGCGUGCGAAGCCAGUUUCGUCUACACCUGUGCCGGGAUCGCCGUGGUGUGUGGUGUGGACGGGUGACAACCGAGUAUUCUUCUACAACCCCACGGGACGUGCUUCUCUGUGGGAGCGGCCUGACACACUCAUCGGACGCACAGAUGUUGAUCAGAUGCUACUGCAUCCGCCCACAAAGGAAGAGAAAGUUCCAGUGAAGAAGAAGGCUGGGGAGAUGCCAGAGGCGGAGCCACUCUCAAAGAAGAAGAAAAAGCAGGACAAGGUCGAGGAGGAGGAGGCAGAGGAAGCCACGACGACAACGAAGAAGCCCCCCGUGCAGCAGCAGAAGAAGCGAGGCAACCUGAUCGACGCGGGUAAGGAGGCGGCGAUCGAGGCGGAGGUGCGGGCGGCGCGGGAGCGGGCCAUCAUUCCACUGGAGACACGCAUGAAGCAGUUCCGCGACAUGCUGCAGGAGAAGGAGGUAUCAGCAUUUUCCACGUGGGAGAAGGAGCUGCACAAAAUUGUGUUUGAUUCAAGGUAUCUUCUGCUGACAUCUAAGGAGCGAAAGCAGGUCUUUGAGAAAUACGUUAAGGAGAGAGCAGAGGAAGAAAGAAGAGAGAAGAGGAACAAGCUAAAGGAGGCUAAGGACCAGUUCAGAGUACUGAUGGAGGAGGCAACACUCCAUGGGAAGUCGAGCUUCAGUGACUUUGCGGGCAAGUACGGCAAGGAUGACCGGUUCAAGAACAUUGAGAAGAUGAGGGAGCGCGAGGCGCUGUUUAGCGAUUACGUUCAGGAGCUGCGGAAGCGCGAGAAGGAGACGAAGAGCAGCCAGAAGGAGAAGCUGAAACAGGAGUACCUGCAGCUGCUCAAGGAGCAAUCGGGUCUCGACAGGCACUCACGCUGGAGCGAGAUGAAAAAGACGAUCGACCACGAUCCCAGGUACAAGGCCAUCGAGAGCAGUUCGCAGAGAGAGGACUGGUUCAGAGACUACUGCAAGACCCUACUCGACGUGCGUAACCACGAUGCGACGUGGCAUGACACAAAGCGUUCGCUGCGCAAGGACCACCGCUGGGAGAUGGCUGCGCUGCUCGACAGCGAGGAGAAGGAGCGGCUCUUCAAGGAGCACGUAGACGCGCUCGUCAAGAAGAAGAAGGAGAAGUUCCACGAGCUGCUCGACGAAACUCCGGAGAUCAAAUUGACGUCGACGUGGAAGGAGAUCAAGAAGAUCAUCAAAGAAGAUGCACGUUGUCAGAAAUUCUCGUCUAGUGAUAGGAAGCGUGAGAGAGAGUUCAACGACUACAUUCGCGACAAGGUCGUCGCGGCGAAGGCAGACUUUCGUGAGCUGCUGAAGGAGACGAAGCUGGUCACAUACAAGUCGAGGAAGGCGAUCGAGGAGUCUGAACAGCAUCUGCGAGACAUCGAGAAAGUGUUGCAGAACGACAAGCGCUACUUGGUUCUCGACUGCAUUCCUGAGGAGAGACUGAAGAUGCUGAUGGCAUAUAUCGAUGACCUUGACCGCAAGGGUGUGCCGCCACCGCCGACGGCGUCCGAACCAAGUCGCAGAAGUACAAAGUGAAUUGUCCGACACAUCGCUGUUGAUGGAUGUUGAUGUAGACGCAAGACUACUCUAAUUUUGUGAAGACGAACUGGUUGCCAUUCAGCAAGCCCGCUGGUCGUCAUAUGGUAGUCCCUCGCCACUGCCGCGCGCCGUGCCCGGUAGAAAGUACAACCAAUCGAAUGCUUUACAUGUCGUGAUUAGCAUUUCAGCACGCACCCUGGCGAAUGUAGUUCACACUUAUCCACAGCACCCCCAUGUCAUUCGAAGUUGAAGUUCCCAUUAAUGCCGAUGGAAAGUUGGCCUUAGUGUUGUGUGUAAGGUUGUAUGCUUCUGUGACACCGACGGUACGUUCACUCUCUUCGUUCUAUACUUUGAUUUCUUGUGUGUACGAUGGGAAUUUUUAGGACAUGCUGUUUAUCAAUGAGGAUUUUUUUAACUAGUUUAAAGUUUUAGUUAGUUAUCAAGGUCACUACUUUUUUACGGCAUUGAGUGUUGGGAAGUUGCUUUCACAUGUUAUGGUAAACCAUAUUGCAUACCUUGCUAUGAUAUCACAUUUACCUGGGUGAUAUAUCUAUCAUACAUAGUGUCAGCUUGUCUCACCUGUGAGUAUGUGUUCUGUAAAGUGUUAUUAGGAUGCGAUCUAAAUUUACAGAUAAUAAAUUGUGUGCACUUAUGGUAUUCCCUCUCAAACGACAUGGAAAAAUAAUCACGAGCAAACGUAAUUUUUUGUAUUUCAACUGAUGACAAUAGACACGGUAUGUUAAAUGGAGGUUACUAAAUUAAAUAAAAGAAUUCUGAGUAUUCAUGUA